ACCAGGGGGAAUUCCGCCAAAAAACGUGUAUUUCACCACCUCGAAACGCGAUUGUUACCGGUGGAUUCCACAUCGAAACCCGAGUGGGCUAAGUUUUGAGUAGCAAUUUUUUAUUUUAUUUUUUAUUUUUUUGAGUAGCAAUUGGGAGCGUUUCUUUGUGACAACCUGGCAACCCUACAAUCCGGAAACUUAGCACUAUUUGAGUGUAGGAAACAUAUGGGACAGUGUAUGUCGGAUUAUAUUGCUGAUUAGAGAUGCAAUUUAAAUGAUCUUAACGGACAGUUCUUGGCAUUUAGGUGUUUCCACAUUGAAGCAGACAGGAGUUAAUUUUGCAUGAGCAAAACCGCCCGGAGGUAAUGAAAAUAUUCGGUUGAACAGAAACGGACUUCAACUACAGUGACAACAGGGAACAGAUGGACGGGUCAGUCGGGCCAAUGCGUGUGUUGGUGACGGGCGGCAGUGGGCUGGUUGGGCGAGCGAUAGAGCGGGUGGUGAAACAGGAGGGCGAAGGGAGAGAAGGAGAAGAAUGGAUAUUCCUGUCAUCCAAAGAUGCCGAUCUUAUGAGCACUGAAGAGACGCGGGCAGUCUUCAAGAAACAUCGUCCGACACACGUCAUUCAUUUGGCCGCCAUGGUGGGCGGGCUCUUCAAAAACAUGAGACAGAACCUGGACUUCUGGAGGAAUAAUGUGUUUAUCAAUGACAACGUACUGCAGGCGGCUCAUGAGUUCGGCGUGGUGAAGGUCGUUUCUUGCCUCUCCACAUGUAUCUUUCCAGAUAAAACCACCUACCCUAUAGAUGAGACCAUGAUCCACAACGGUCCACCCCAUGAGUCUAAUUUCGGUUAUUCCUACGCCAAACGGAUGAUUGAUGUCCAGAACAGGGCGUAUUUCCAGCAGUACGGUCGGCGAUACACAGCCGUCAUCCCCACAAAUGUAUUUGGACCCUAUGACAACUUCAGCAUUGAGGACGGACACGUCCUGCCAGGGUUGAUCCACAAGACGUACUUGGCAAAGAAGGAAGGUAAACCUCUGCAGGUCUGGGGUUCAGGUCGACCCUUGCGGCAGUUCAUCUAUUCUCUGGAUCUGGCUCGUCUGUUUCUGUGGGUUCUGAGGGAGUAUGACGAGGUGGACCCCAUCAUUCUAUCAGUCGGAGAAGAGGAUGAGGUGUCCAUAAAGUUUGCUGCGGACGCUGUGGUUGAAGCGUUGGCCUUUGAGAGCGAUGUGAUUUAUGACACAAGUAAAGCAGAUGGACAGUUCAAGAAAACCGCCAGUAACGCCAAACUACGCAAAUACCUCCCAGACUUCAAGUUCACACCGUUCAAAGCAGCUAUCAAGGAGACGUGUGAUUGGUUUGUGGCCAAUUAUGACAGCGCCCGUAAAUGAAGAUCUGCACAUCUCGCUGGCCGUGGGGAGUCUGAACACUGUUCAAUACUUGAAAGCAAACAAAGAUUGAUCAAACACCUUGAACAACACAAUCAUUUUUACGAAGAUGACAAACUCAAGGAACACUGCCGUCUAAGCCCUCCUUUUAUGUUUAUUUAAAGUUUUUCUUAAAAUAUAUUCAUUUUAGAGAAAUGCAGUUACUAAGGCUGCACAAUGCUGUUUUUUUAAAUGCAUUGAUUAGAUGCAUAAACUCCUUCAGACAGCAUCGCAUGAGCUAGCGGCGCCAUCUAGCAGCUUGUCGCCGAACACCCUUGUAUCUCAACCAAGGUUUAAAAUAAACACUAAGCGCCCAAAUGAAUGAAAACAUCCGCGUUGGUGAGUAUUUGAAAAUGUGUACAAUUUUCAUUCUAAUAAUGCAUUUAUAAAUAAUGAAAAACUAUAAAUAGUGCAAUUUAAUUGCGGUUUAAUUAAAUAACAUAUAUGUAGUAGCAAAAGCUUGUAUCAUACAAAGUCACGUGGUUUCAGCAAACGAAGCGAGGCUUCGUUGUCGAACUCUUUCAAACCUUGGUUUCGAAACAUCACAGAAUUCGUCACUAGAUGGUGAUCUCGUGAACCAAUGAAGGAGUUUCUAACAGUUGACCUUGAGUAAGUUUUAUGGUGUAAGUUCAUUUCUAAUUAAUUGAAUCAACUGUAAUACGUGUGCGUGUGGGUGUGUGUAUAAUGUAAAAGGGAUAAUGAUACUUCAUUGUUUCUGCUUGACCAAGCGGUACCUAAUAAUAACACACAAAACAAUAAAACAAACUUUACAGAAC